AUGGAGGUUCACAAGCCACUACUUUCGGAUGUAGCAGCUGGUGCAAAGGUGUGGGAAGCUCCUGCAAUGGGGAGUCUAAAAAUUAAUUCAGAUGCGGCCAUGUUUGAUGACGGAAAAGUGGGGAUCGGUGGAGUGGUCCGCGAUGCUGAAGGUGAUGUUCUGAUGGCUACAUGUGUGGUUAUGGAAGGAGGAGGGGAGGUGGACAUAGCUGAAGGUCUUGCAGCCCGUCACUCAUUACAAGUAGCGCUGGAUGCUGGUUUCAGAUGUGUGAUUUUGGAAAGUGAUAAUUUGAAGCUUAUCUCUCACCUCAUCUCUGGGAAAGAAGAGAAUAACAGCUUUGGUUUUGUUAUUUCAGAUAUAUUAUGGCUUUGUAUGUCUUUUUUGUCUAUCUCGUUUUCUCAUGUAUGUAGGGAGGGGAAUAGAGUAGCGCAUAAACUUGCUCAUAUAAGCAAGAAUUUUAACGGAAUGCGGGUGUGGCUCGAAGAAGUUCCAGAUGAGGUUCUGGCUGAUGUAAACUCUGAUUUGAUCUCUUUAAUGAAGUAG